AUGAAAUUGGUCAGAUUUUUGAUGAAAUUAUCUCACGAGACGGUAACAAUUGAAUUAAAAAAUGGAACUCAAGUUGCAGGUUAGUUGUUUAUAAAAAUAUCAGGUUUUUAAAAGAAAUUUGUUAUAGGUACAAUCAUGGGAGUUGAUGUUGCUAUGAAUACACAUCUUCGUGCGGUUUCUAUGUCAUUGAAGAAUAGAGAUCCUGUCAAACUCGACACAUUGUCUGUCCGAGGUAAUACAUUCAGCAACUAUAUUGAUUUCAAUAACUGAUAAUUGUUUUUUUUCCAGGAAAUAACAUCCGAUACAUUAUUCUUCCCGAUCCUCUGUCAUUAGACACUCUUCUCAUAGAUGAUGAACCAAGAAAGAAGGCUGCUCGCGCACGUGCUGGAGCUGGACGAGGUCGUGGUGGACGCGGAGGAUUGAGAGGACGUGGACGUGGUGGUCGUGGCCGCGGAGGUCCACGUGGAGCUCCACGUCGCUAA